UCCUGUAGGCUGCGCGCAUCAGUGAGGAGAGCGCGCGGCGGCUGCAGCUGGGCUCAUGUUCCGGUGAGAUUCAACAUCUCCGUCCGGUCCCCGCGGCGGGAGGCGGAAUUUGCGGUGCAGCAGCUUACGAUGUCAGAUGUGUGAUUUCAGUAGGAUAAAUGGCCUCCAAAGUGACAGAUGCAAUAGUCUGGUAUCAGAAAAAGAUUGGGGCAUAUGACCAGCAGAUCUGGGAAAAAUCUGUGGAACAAAGAGAAAUCAAGGGUUUAAGGAACAAACCAAAGAAGACUGGGCAUGUCAAACCGGAUCUUAUAGAUGUGGAUCUUGUUAGAGGAUCUGCAUUUGCUAAAGCAAAGCCUGAAAGCCCUUGGACAUCGCUUACAAGGAAAGGAAUUGUCAGAGUUGUAUUCUUUCCUUUUUUCUUUAGAUGGUGGCUUCAAGUAACAUCGAAGCUCAUUUUCUUUUGGUUGCUUCUCCUGUAUCUUCUUCAAGCUGCUGCGGUGGUCUUGUUCUUCAUCGCACCCGGGCCUCGCUGUGUACCUCUGACCGAAGUAUUUGGGCCUGUGUGGCUUAUGCUGCUCCUUGGAGCUGUACAUUGCCAGAUUGUCUCGACGCGGACUGUUAAAUCGCCUCCUAUUGUAGGUGGAAAGAGAAGGAGGAAAUUAAGGAAAGCCGCACAUUUGGAAGUGCAUAGGGAAGGCGAUGGCUCUAGCACCACAGAUAAUACACAAGAGGGAACUUUGCAGAACUACGGUGCAAACAACUGUUACAGUAUUGGCACGGUCUUCAGAGAUAUCUGGCAUGCUGCUUUCUUUUUAUCAGGUUCAAAGAAAACAAAAAACUCUAUCGACAAAUCCACAGAAACUGACAACGGUUACGUCUCGUUGGAGGGGAGACUGACUGGGAAAAGCAGUGAAGAUGGCGUCCAGCUCCACGAGCCUCACUGUGAAUCUCUUCGUUCAGAAGAAGCUUCAUGGGGAGCAGGAACAAAAAGGAAUCAUCCACCACAAACAAAGAUGAAGUACAACAAAACCAAAAUGGAUGCACAAAGAGCUGCAGCCAAUAUUUCUGACGAAGUAUCUAGUGAAGAUGAUCCAAGCACAGGAUACAUAGCGCGACGAAACACAGAUCGUGUGGCUGAUGACAGUACCGUCAGGAACAGAAAAGCCCAUCAUUACAAAAAGCACUACGCUGCAGAGGACGUCCAAAAAUCAGGCACUAGUUGCAGUUCUCGGUGUUCCAGCUCCAGACAGGACUCGGAAAGCACAAGACCGGAAUCCGAAACCGAAGACGUGCUCUGGGAGGAUCUGCUGCACUGUGCCGAGUGUCGCUCCUCCUGCAGCAGUGAAACCGAUGCAGAAACUAACCACGGUGGCCUGUGCAUGAAGAGGGAAUUUAGAGAUGAUCCCUUUCAUCAGAGUCACUUACCCUGGCUUCAUAGUUCUAAUCCAGGACUUGAGAAAGUUAGUGCUAUCGUGUGGGAGGGCAAUGACUGCAAGAAAGCAGAUAUGUCUGUUUUGGAGAUCAGUGGAAUGAUCAUGAACAGAGUAAACAGUUACACCCCAGGAAUUGGCUAUCAGAUAUUUGGGAACUUUAUCUCUGUGAUCCUGGGUGUAACUCCAUUUGCUUUUAGGCUGUCUGAGUCCAGGGACCUGGAACAGCUGGCAACCCUCUCUGCCUCAGAACUUUCUAGUAUUGCGUUUGGUUCUAGCACGGACAUCAUGGUCAUUUCUAUGGUGGUCAUUAGUUUUGUGGUUCGAGUCUCCUUGGUUUGGAUUUUCUUUUUCUUGCUUUGUGUAGCAGAGAGGACAUACAAGCAGAGAUUACUUUUUGCCAAAUUAUUUGGUCAUUUAACAUCUGCUCGGAGAGCCAGAAAGUCUGAAGUUCCACAUUUCCGCCUUAAGAAAGUACAAAACAUUAAAAUGUGGCUUUCCCUUCGUUCCUAUCUCAAACGGAGAGGCCCCCAGCGCUCGGUUGAUGUAAUAGUUUCUUCUGCCUUUUUACUGACAAUUUCAGUCGUGUUUAUUUGCUGUGCCCAGCUUCUUCAUGUUCAUGAGACUUUCUUGGCGUAUCAUUAUAAUUGGGAGUUGGUGAUCUGGUGCAUUUCAUUAACGCUCUUUUUAUUGAGAUUUGUUACACUUGGCUCAGAAACCAGCAAAAAGUACAGCAAUACCUCAAUAUUACUGACCGAGCAGAUAAACUUGUACUUGAAAAUGGAGAAGAAACCAAACAAGAAGGAAGAGCUGACACUUGUCAAUAAUGUCUUGAAAUUGGCCACCAAGUUGUUAAAAGAACUGGACAAUCCCUUUAGGUUGUACGGGCUUACGAUGAAUCCUUUGCUUUAUAACAUCACCCAGGUGGUCAUCCUUUCUGCUGUUUCUGGUGUUAUUAGCGAUCUGCUUGGGUUUAACCUGAAGUUAUGGAAGAUUAAAUCAUGACGGUGAACAGAUGAUUUUCUCAUCGGGCUCUGAAGCAAGAUUACUGACUGUUCAAGUUGCAAGCUGCCUCAUAGUGGUUACGGCACAUGCUCCGCAUCCGAGGCGUCUGGAAGACUCGCACUUGAAGUGUUUACGUCUGCCUGCCUUGUGCAAUUUUUUUUUUUUAUUUAUUUUACCUUUUCAGUGUUUGUUUUUUCAGUUACUUUACACACUUCAGUUUUAACCAUUUAAAAAUAUAAGUGUUAUCUAGUAAAGUGUGAAUGGAGGAAACAAGGCAUUUGUAAGACUAAGCUAAGAGAAGAGAGGGUUGAUGGCUCUGGCUUCCGGUGUUCUUUGAAACACUGUAGUCUACAUGCCUCAAAAAUCACAGUGGGAAUGAAGUAAGAAUAGUCUCUCCAUGAAAGCUUCAGGAGCAGGGUGAUUCCAUACUUAUGGGAAAACCAUUUAGCUGGAUGCAGUCUGCAAUUUUUUUAUGUUUAUAAAGGGGCAUGAGCAUCAAGUCUAAUUUGAGUCUCUCUGUGAUUGAUAGACAUAUCUCAAUGGCACAUCAUGCUUUUUUGUACCUUUUAUUCUUUCUGUAUUAGUAUUUUUAAUCCCAGUGGAAUUACUGAAGCUCAAGGGUUACAGGAACAAAGCAGAAGAAGCGACUCGCUGCUUGUAAUGUGCUAUUACCUAAAAUGUUAAGAAGUGCUCCUUGAUAAGCAGUCCGAGCAAUAAGUGUACAUGGUUACUGUUCUGCAAAGACUUUUUUGUAUUAUUAUCUUAUUAUUUGUAUAAAAUGUACUUAUAACUAGUAUAUUUAUUAUUCAACA